UUUUUUUUUGUUUUUUGUUUUUUGUUUUUUUUUUUUUUUGGUUUGGAUCCCAUUUAAGCUCUGAAACGAAGCCUUUUGACUUUUUUUUCCCUUACUUUUCGCCCACAUCAGUGACAUUCGUUGAUGGUGAAUCUAACGCAUGAGUUUUACAAUGUCGAUCCUUUACCAGAAAGCCAAUGGAAACCCACCACUUCCUCCGCUUGCGGAAACAAGAAAAAGAAGAAAAAAAGAGGAUGCUAUCCUUCAGCAGAUCAGACAAACACACAAUCGAUGCAUCCUAAUGACAUACCUAUAUUAAAAAGCAACCAUACCAUCCAUGUUUCUUAUACUUACACGACUUAUACCCUCAGUUUAUCCAUCAUUGCGCUUUGUCUAUUUAUUGUAUUACAACAACCUUUUCCUUGGGGUCACACCUUCCCGCCUGUCUUUCUCUUGUUCCAAAUCGCAUUCCACUCAAUACACAUCAUUGCUCAUACAUUUGACUUUGUGAUAGUAGAACGAUGUUGCAUUGUCUAUGGUACUUGGCUUUGUUGGACAGGCUGGUUACUGAGUAAAUUACUCUUUACAGAAAAGCUUUUUCACGACAACCAUACAGCCCAUAUUCUGGUCAUUAGUCUGUUUUGGUUGCUGAUGCUGGAACGAAGAAAUGCUUGGGGAACCAUUGCUUGGGAGUCCGUAAGCCAAUUCAAUACAUACACCGCCACCACCGCCACCACCGCCACAAGCUCUGAGAGUGACGGGAGUACUACAGCAUCCUCCAAUGACAUGGAGAACAACUUUAGCUUCCAUUUAUUUGUAUUUCGCAUUUGGUGUUUGCUGAGUACGGGUAGCUUUUGGGGUUUGGUGUAUAUGGGCUUGGCAAGAUGGGAUGGCUAUCCAUUCAACUACUUGUUACAAUGGCAUCAUAUCAUGAAGUUGCUAUUGAUCAGCAGUAUCGGUGGAUUCAUGAUGAUUAUAUUCUGGAGUUUCUGGACCUUCCAACUAAAAGGUAUCCUUUGGCAGCGAGACUUGCGAAAAGGGAUUAUUGUCUGGUGUAAUGAUGGAAUAGCCUAUGCAGCGGAAGUAAAGUAGGGUUUAUCCCGUCUGAGUUUAGUUUUUUUUUUGGUGGUCUAUUUUGCUGUUGGCUGCUGCUGUGUACCUGAAGGCGGCGGCUGCUGCUGCUGCUGCUGCUUCUUCUGUGCCAUGUGUGUACAAUCCCCCAAUUUAUA